AUGGCGGAGCCGAGCGUCCGUAACGAGCAGGUCGCAUCUUUGUCUCGUGCAUGUGAGAACUGUCGUGCCAGAAAGACGCGCUGCAACAAGAACUUCCCAUGUUCGAGCUGCCAGAUCCUGGGUGUGCAAUGUCAGCCCACUUCAAGAACAACCGAGCAGCGCCCUCGCAUUGUCAUAUCAAACCAGUACGAGAAGCAACUUGAAGUAAUUCAAGAGCGUCUCCGUGCUAUUGAAGGAGAUCUCAAAGUCAUCGCGCAUAGGUCGUCAGAUAACGACGACAUUCGGUCCUCAACAACGUCAACAACGAAUCAAGAGACCUCUAGACCACUGACUCCAUUCGAAGGGGAGUCAUCAUUCAACAAGGAGACCUUGGAGGCCAGCAGAGCUGCCAGCAGCAUACUAAGAACAAACCCAGAUCCCGAAGUAAGAUCGGCUUUGUCGUCAUUACAUAAUAACCUGGUCGCCAUUGAGAUAUCGGAGCAGCAAGAUAACACAGAUCAUCAUAACAAGGGCAUUCAGAGGAAGGUCAGCUUGCUGCCGGCCGAUGUUGUUAUUGCCGUAGUCAAGAAGGCGAAAGCGACACCACUAUUAUCUGCAGUCUCAAGUAGCUGGACCGAUUACACGCGGUUUGAACAACUCUGUCAGAAGGUGUACUUCCCGGUAGAGGAGCUAUCUGUGGGGUCACUGGCUUUAAUGCAUGGUGUGCUCUUUCACAUCUUCCAAGACCUCUCUCAGCAUGACGACCCCAUGUUUUCGGGAUACGACCUUGAGGACUGCGCAAAGGUUUGCAAGGCAAAUUUCCAGCAGUGCUUACGGAGCUACGAAAGCUUCCUUGUGCCAACAUUCGAGAAUGUUCAAGCUCUCUACUUAGCAGCAUAUGGAGCCCAGGAGGAGUCACAACUUUCCUUGUGCUGGAUGUACGUCUCCGCAGCAAAGACUAUGUGUCAGACGCUGGGCUAUCAUCGGGAGUCGUCCUAUCGCAACGACACGCCAGAAGUAGCCCAGUCUAAGCGUCAUGCUUUUUAUGGUCUCUACGCAAUCGACAAGAACCUAUCCCUCGUUCUGGGCCGAUCUUCCAAUUUCAACGACAAUGACAUCGACGCCGAGCCAUUUAUGCUUUCUUCAGACCCCGGGCAGUGGCCUUGGGAUGUGUAUACCCAUAUCUGCUACCGGUUUGCCCGGAUUCAAGGUGACACCUACGACCAACUAUACUCAGCAAGUGCAACAAAGCAUUCUCAAUACAAACGGUCGUGUUUUGUGGAAGAGCUUUCGGCACGAAUAAUCAAUUUACGGGAGGAGCUACAGCUGCUUGAUCCGUCCGGAGCAUACUAUUCUGAAGUAUUACAGAUGGCUAAAGAAAGUGCAGACUUCAUCGUCUACGCGGUGUUGUCAGUCGUGUAUAGAGCCGAAACCCGCUUCUACGAUACUGUAGAAAUAUCUAGCCGAUGCUACGACGCUUCAAGAAAGAGUCUCGAAAGUCACCUACAAUGCUCUAUCGGCCUCAGAACGUGCAGCAUUUACCAAAAGAUAGGCUACGUUAAGAACACUUUGCUGAUCCCUUCCUUCACACCGUAUCUUGUUGUGUUUACCCAUGCCAUAGCCACGGCCAACGACAGAGAUCUGAAACUUCUUGAAGAUACUGUCGAAUCACUGGCCUACUUUCAAGACUGCUCUCCUGGAUCCUCCCGCCUCUAUUUCAUUUGCAAAUCUUUCCUCAACACGGCAGAGACGCUGAUAGCUUCACGGAAAAGCUUCAAUGGACUGGAGCAGCACGAGGAUGGCUCACUAGUCUUUACAACGAAACCCAUUGCGACUGCGUCAGAUCGGCAGACGGUCUGCCACGAAAUUCCUGCUGCCUGGAAUGGUUCCGUAUUUCCUGGCGCAGCUGGCACUGAGGGUAGUCUUGACUUAGAUACUUUUAGUUUUUGGACUAACUGGCUGGGAUCAACUGAAUCGGUUGCAGACGUACUGCGUUAG